GGUGCCUAGCCGUGGGGGCGUGGCCUUGCGCUUCUCAGGCUCGAUUGCGGGCCGCGGCGGCGGGAGGUCACGAUGGGCAGUAAGAUGGCGGCCGCCACUAGGGUCGUUCAGGUAGUCAAGCCGCAUACUCCAUUAAUUAAGUUCCCGGACAGAAAAAGUAGUCCCAGACCUAAAAUACAGGAAUCUCUACAAGCCAAUGUGCCAUCUCCCCAUGCUUCAAAAGCACAGGAUUCUAUAGGAGGCCAAUCACUGGCAUUUCAAAAUAUUUCACCUGUUAGUAGAGUACACGGUACACCAGACACUUCUGAAUUAGCAAGAAGCUUACCUCAGAAAUACAGGAGGAAACUUAUUUCAGAUGAAGAGAUUGAGUAUAUUCAACGUGGAGGUCCAGAAUAAGCGUGGACGAUAGUUCAUUGGCCACUGUUGAAUGAAGUUAUUGUGAACACAAUAAAGGCAUUUCCUUAAUAUUAUAAAUGAAUGUAUACUAAUAGCUUUAAUAAAACCCCAUUUGAAGAGUGAGAAGGUUGACACGACACACUAUAAACUGAUUUGUGACUGGGAAGAAUUUUCUCUUAAUGGCUGACUAGCAUUUGAAUAUACUUGAUGUUCACACCAUUAUAAUAUUUUUCUCAUUAGCCGUUUGCAAACUUGACAAUAAAACUAAGUCAUUUUA